GGUACAGGACUCCCAAAGUCAAGGGUUUCAGGUCACACGGGUGAAUCAUUUUGCAAGCAGAUGCCACAGGUCUCUUCUCAGACUGGGCAGGACAAGGUCAGCGUCAGCAGAUCUGACCCUAAAAAUAGGCUCUUGGAUGCCAGUCGGGGUGGCUGGGUGUGCAGCCGCCACACGCCCCACGGACCAGCACCUCCUGACCUGGCCAGUACCCGGUGAGCACAGUUGCAGAAAGGAAAGAAAAUCCCUUGGCUCCAAAAUGACAUCCAGAGAAACAAAGACAAGCCUCCAGAAUGCUUACCCGUCUGCCAAGAAGCUGCUGUUGAAGGUGGAGGAGGAGGGGGAGACAGAGGAUUACUGCACCCCCGGAGCCUUCGAGCUGGAGCGUCUCUUCUGGAAGGGCAGUCCCCAGUACACCCACGUCAACGAGGUCUGGCCCCAGCUCUACAUCGGCGACGAGGCGACGGCGCUGGACCGCUACGGGCUGCAGAAGGCGGGCUUCACGCACGUGCUGAACGCGGCCCACGGCCGCUGGAACGUGGACACGGGGCCCGACUACUACCGCGACAUGGCCAUUGAGUACCACGGCGUCGAGGCCGACGACCUGCCCAGCUUUGACCUCAGCGUCUUCUUCUACCCAGCGGCCGCUUUCAUAGACGCUGCGCUCCGAUACGAUCAAAAUAAGAUCCUGGUUCACUGUGCCAUGGGCCGCAGCCGGUCGGCGACCCUGGUCUUGGCCUACCUGAUGAUCCACAGGAACAUGACCCUGGUGGAUGCCAUCCAACAAGUGGCCAAGAACCGCUGUGUCCUCCCCAACCGGGGCUUUCUGAAGCAGCUCCGGGAACUGGACAAGCAGCUGGUGCAGCAGAGACGACAGGCCCAGCACGGCGAGGAUGGUGAGAAGGCUGGUGACAAGGAGAUGUAGGGCCCCCCUCGUGGAUCCUAGAGAAUGGAGGGGGAGGGCUGAAAAUUACUCUGGCCUGUGGCUUCGUGUGUCACAGAGAAGGGACGUGAAACCAAAGCUUGACUCUUUCCAAAUCAUCUUAAACUUCCCGGGUGCAGGCUGGUGAACAGGGAGGGUUUCACAGCUGCCUCCGGGACAAGUCCAGUGCUUGGCUUCAUGGCAAAAUGGGGCAGCCGGGCUUCCCAGGAGAACUGGUUACAGAUGAGCAUGCAGUUCUGCACAAAGGCACCCUUUUGUUUUGCUUUGUUUUUGUAAGAUGGAAGCAGAAAAGGACUUUGAAAUGUGUAGACAUUGUGCUGUGAUUAAACAUUUA